AGAGGAGUCCCACACUGGGUUCUUAUUGUAGCAGGAGCGCGCGGAGCAUUCUUCUGAAGUCUUUCCAGACAAGCACAAGGAUCUUUGAGCACUUUUAGACGUUGACACUUCGUAAUUGCGCCUAAAUACCGCUAAAAUAAGAGGACUUAUGUGAUCAUGCUCUUGCUUUACGGACGCUGCUGAAGUGGUCUGCUGCUUCGCGUUCAGAGAGAACUUACUGUACCUCGCUGCACUCGCGUGGUCCUGUGGGCUGCUACUUUAGCUGGACCUGACUGGCCAAAACACCAGUGGUCGCCGUCACUCUUUCCAGUAGUCAUCCUCAUGCCUAAUGAUACAGAGAGUAACUGACCUUGCUGAGGUUUUCGUCAGGUGGUAUGCCUUUUAAAUUCAAAUGCCUAGCUGCUGUCAAACAUUCCUGUAACUUCCUCUACAGUGACAUCAUUGCUAAACGAGUGCCAGAGUCUUUUGAACUGAGAGGAGCAAGAAGAGCAGGAAGACUGCACUGAAGAGUGGAACGUGAGGAGAAAGAAGGAAGGAAGGAAGGAAGCAAAGUAUACUUUUGGAAUAGGAAGGACUGUGAGAGCGGAACGAUGGGGAGGAAAAAAAUUCAGAUUGCACGAAUUAUGGAUGAACGCAACAGACAUGUAACAUUCACAAAGAGGAAGUUUGGCCUGAUGAAGAAAGCCUACGAACUGAGUGUUCUGUGUGAUUGUGAGAUCGCACUUAUCAUCUUCAACAGCACCAACAAGCUGUUCCAGUAUGCCAGCACUGACAUGGAUAAAGUGCUGCUCAAGUACACAGAGUACAAUGAACCCCAUGAGAGUCGGACUAAUUCAGACAUUGUGGAGACACUGAGGAAGAAGGGUCUAAAUGGCUGUGACAGCCCUGAUAUUGAUGCAGAUGAUUCAGGCCACAGUCCUGAGUCUGAGGAUAAAUAUCGCAAAAUCAACGAGGAUAUUGACCUCAUGAUCAGUAGACAGAGGCUGUGUCAGACAAUCCCACCUUCCAACUAUGACAUGCCAGUCUCCAUCCCAAUAAGUAAUCCCAACAGUCUGAUCUAUAGCCACCCAGGGGGCUCCUUAGGCAACCCCAAUCUGCUGCCACUGGCCCAUCCCUCCCUUCCGAGGAACACCUUGUCUCCUGGAGUGACUCACAGGCCCCCUAGUGUGGGCAACACAGGUGGUCUCAUAGGUUCAGACUUGACCAGCAGCAUGGGAACCAAUGCUGGAAACGGGUAUGGGAAUCACCGUAACUCCCCUGGUCUGCUGGUCUCUCCAGGGAGCAUGAGCAAAGGCAUGCAGGCCAAGACCCCCCCACCCAUGUCCAUUAACAUGAGCAACCGCAAACCUGACCUUCGUGUGCUGAUCCCCCCUGGUGCUAAGAACACCAUGCCUUCUAUUUCAGAGGAUGUUGAUAUGCUACUGAACCAGAGAAUAAACAACUCUCAGUCUGCCCAAUCUUUGACCACCCCAGUGGUGUCUGUUGCGACACCCACUCUACCUGGACAGGGAAUGGGAGGAUACCCCUCAGCCAUCUCUGCUUCAUAUGGUACAGAAUAUUCUUUGAGCAGCGCAGACCUGACCUCUUUGUCGGGCUUCAACAGCUCCAGCUCUCUCCACAUGGGUUCUAUGACAGGGUGGCAGCAACAACACCUUCAAAAUAUGCAGCACCCAGCUCUUGGACACCUAGGAAACUGUAUUAGCACUCAGUUAUGUCAGAGCUCGAAUCUCUCGCUGCCCUCUACACAGAGCAUGACCAUCAAGUCCGAACCUGUUUCUCCUCCAAGAGACCGAACUGGGAGUGGCUGUGGGGGCUAUGCUCAGCCUCCUAACCCCCCUUCCCAGCAGCAGGUACCGCCGCCGGCACAGCAGUCCCUGCUGCGACAGGACUCAGGCCGCUCGCCUGUUGACAGCCUGAGCAGCUGCGGCAGCUCAUACGAGGGCAGUGACCGCGAUGAACACCGUGCUGACUUCCACUCACCACUGGGACUGCUGCGUCCACCCUCGCAUGAGGAGAGUGAGAGUCCAUCUGUCAAACGUGUGCGCCUGGCUGAGGGCUGGGCCUCAUGAUUUCGCAGGCAACUGCCACUGCCCACCAGCUACACUCUUAAAAAUAUUGCAACCUAGAGUUCUUACAAUAGAGUAUUGUACCACAAAGUCAUAAAAGAACCACUUUUGUUUUCCUGUACAAGCUUUCUAUGGAUGAUUCUUUAAAGGAAUAGUCAAUAGAAAACACUGGGCAACAUUGUACACUUAGGUUGAAAAGUACUGGAGUAUUCCUUAGAUAGAAUUAUCAAAACCAAAAAUGGUUCAUCUUUGGCAUCAAUUCAGGAACCCUUUUGGUGCCUUUAGUUUGAAGAGUGUAGCGGUGCCCGCCACCCCUCAGGCAGGGCUUUUCUAUUCUGGAGAUUUCACUUUUAGUAUUAUUUUUUCCUUUUUUGAGUGUGAGUGCUAUGUUAAGUAUUACAGUGCUAUAUGAGACACAGGAGGGCAUUUGUGA